AUGCACGCCACAGCCACAGAUGGCGUGGCUUCCCACGAGGAGGUCCAGCGCCAGAUGGUGCGAACCUUGCUCAUUGAGUUAAUGGCAUAUCAAUUCGCGUCUCCUGUUCGCUGGAUUGAGACGCAGGAUGUCAUUCUCUCGGAUUACAAAGCCCAACGAAUAGUUGAAAUUGGCCCCGCUCCUGUGCUGGUGGGCAUGAUAAAACGGACCAUUGAGACUAAGCGGAAGACAAGAGAUUUGGCCACGGGCCUACAGAGACAGCUUCUGUGGCCAGAGAAGGACACUAAAGAUGUAUAUUGCGAGCCAGAGCCAGUGCCACUUACCCCAGAUGUCCCAACCCAAACAGAGAAAACUGCUUCAUCAACUCCCCAGACAACUUCACAACAACCGAUAUCAACUUCAGCACCUGCACCCACGGCAGUUGCCCAGGUAAAACUCGCGCCUGUAGAGGAUAGGCUCCCUAGCGCUCGUGAGGUUCUGUUUGUUCUCCUGUCCAAGGGUUUGAAGAUCUCGGUGGGACAAGUAACCGGGUCCAAAAGCUUGAAAGCAUUAACAGGUGGCCGCUCAACCUUGGAAAAUGAGAUCGUUGGUGAUCUGGGAGCUGAGUUUGGCUCGCUUCCAGACCGUGCAGAAGAUAUGCCCGUGACUGAGCUAGCUGAUACCCUGCAAGGUGUUUUCCAGGGUCAACUUGGAAAAAAAGCGACAACUUUUCUUAACUCAUUGAUUGCUUCAAAGAUGCCAGUUUCCUUCAACCUCGCAGCAACAAGAAAAUAUCUGCAGUCUCGUUGGGGACUAGGCUCCGGCAGGCAAGACUCUGUUCUCCUGCUGGCCAUCGCCACUCCUCCCCCAUCCAGAAUAGAGGCAGAUAAAAAUGCAGAGGAGUUUCUCGAUCAACUUGUCCGACAAUAUGCUACCGAACAUGGACUAUCCCUUGAUUCCCCUACCAGCUCUUCCGGUCCAAGUUCUGGUGAUGCAGUCACCCUUGAUCCAGCGACGUUGUCGGCACUCAUGGGAGGAAAUCAAGAUCUCUCCAAGAACUUGUUAGGUGUCUAUGCGAAACAUUUGGGUCUAGACUUAGACCACGAUAAACGUACCCUCGAGGAGUUUCACACCACCGUCGAGGCAGCCCUGCGCCAAGAGCUAAAUCAGGUCACCCUUGAACUAGGUGAAGAAUUUACUUCCGGAGUUCAGCCACGUUUCAAUAGUCACGUAAUCCGCUCUUACGAUUCCUCGUGGGCAUGGGCGCUGCAAGACUUGUUACAACUAUAUUACGAAAUCGUCAAAACUCCCCCGGGACAAGGAGAAGCUCAGAGACGGAAGAUCGCUGAACGCUGUAGCCAUAUUGCACUCGCCGCUGAGCCAGCCAUAAUUCAGGUCAUUGAGCAUAUGACCUUGAAUAUAAAAGAAUUGCAGCCCUCUAUGGUAUCAUUUCUUCAGGAUCUGAAGAAGAAAUGUCAGAACACCAUUCUCAAUGGACCAGCGUAUCACUGUACACCUAGCCCGGUUGUUCCUCGAGUAACCGUUGAUGCACAAGGCAACGUCAAGUACACUGAAGUCGAGGACACUGCUAACACGUCUCUUUUCGAUUUGGCAACCUCGCCACAACUUGGAAAACCCUCAUCCCAUGCGCCACAUCUGCACAUCAAACGAAGAGUGGGGCAUGUGUGGAAAUACUCCGAGUCACUUACUAGUGUCUUCCGAGGUGCCUUGGAAAAGGCACAAACGGGAGGCGAGUCCUUCUCCGGUCGAUCGGUUCUGAUUACUGGUGCUGGAACUGGUUCUAUCGGUGCUGAAAUGUUAGCAAAACUGCUUAGUGGCGGUGCACGUAUCAUUGUCACUACCACCAGAUUCUCACCAGAGGUUGCAGGCGAGUAUCAGAAAGUCUACACCGAUUUCGGUGCUCGUGGCUCCCAAUUAGUUGUCGUUCCUUUCAAUCAAGGAAGUGUUCAGGAUAUAAAUGCAUUGGUCGAUUAUAUCUACGAUCUAAAUGGGCUAAAUUGGGAUCUUGACUAUGUUAUUCCAUUCGCCGCUAUUGCUGAAGGUGGGAGUACCAUUGACAAGAUCGGCCACCGAUCAGAGCUCGCACACCGAAUCAUGCUUAUCAAUUUGCUUCGUCUGCUUGGUGCGAUCAAGACCCGUAAGGCGGCCAGAGGCUCAAACACAUCUCCGACACAAGUCAUCCUACCUCUCUCUCCUAAUCAUGGCGGUAUGGGUGGUGAUGGUUUGUAUGGCGAAUCAAAACUUGGUCUUGAGACACUAUUUGAGCGCUGGCACUCCGAAGACUGGUCAGAUUACCUUUCUAUUUGCGGUGCAGUGAUUGGAUGGACUCGUGGCACGGGUUUGAUGAAUCACAAUGACCUUGUCGCUGAGGGAAUUGAGCGCCUCGGAGUCAAGACCUUUUCAAAGAGUGAAAUGGCUCACUUCUUGAUAUGCUUGAUGUUUUCCGAUCUUGCAGCGAGAUGUGAAGAAGAGCCUCUUUACGCAGAUCUCAGUGGUAGGAUGGGACAGUUGCCUAAUCUCAAAGAUAUGGUCCAAAACAUCAGAAAUGAAAUCAACGAAACUGCUGAGACCCGACGGAUGAUUCUUCAGGAAGACUCUUUGGAGUCCGAAUGCUUCAAUACAGCGCAGAUCGACAAGAAAGCGACGUCUACAAACCCAAAACCGAGUCUGACUCGUAAAGCCUACAUCAAGUUAGACUUUCCCUCUAUUCCAGACUAUGAUACUCAGAUAGGGCCUCUCACAGAUGAUCUUCAUGGUAUGCUUGAUCUAGAACGAGUCAUCGUUAUAACUGGCUUUGGAGAAAUUGGCCCUUGGGGAAAUUCCAGGACCCGAUGGGAAAUGGAAGCCUAUGGCGAAUUCUCACUAGAAGGCUGCAUUGAGAUGGCUUGGCUCAUGAACAUGAUCAAAUAUGUCAAUGGUCCAAUCAAAGGUAAAGCAUACUAUGGCUGGGUCGAUAGUAAGACAGGAGACCCUGUCGCCGAUCUGGAUGUGAAGAAAAUCUAUGAAAAGAGAAUUCUUGAGCACUCCGGUGUUCGUCUUUUGGAGCCAGAGAUCUUCGAGGGAUAUAACCCUGAGAAAAAGCAGACUUUACACGAAGUAUUUAUCCAGGAGGAUUUGCAACCCCUUGAAGUUCCAGAAGCUACAGCCCAGCAGCUUAAGCUUGAGCAUGGUGACAAAGUAGACGUUCUCAAGCUAUCCGAUUCCGAUCUUUAUAGAGUUACUCUUCGGAAAGGCGCCAAGUUGUUCAUUCCCAAGGCCAUCAAGUACCACCAACUAGUAGUUGGCCAAAUUCCAACAGGAUGGAACCCUAAGCUGUACGGCAUUCCGGACGACAUUAUUUCACAGGUUGAUCCAGUUUCCCUUUUUACACUUGUCAGUACUGUUGAGGCUUUGCUUUCGUCAGGAAUUACGGAUCCUUAUGAGGUUUAUAAACAUAUUCACGUCUCGGAAGCCGGAAACUGCAUUGGCUCUGGUAUCGGUGGCUUCCAAGCGUUUCAGAGGUUAUUCAAACUCCGAUAUAUUGAAAAAGAUAUCCAAGGCGAUAUUCUGCAAGAAGCUUUCAUCAAUACUGUAGGUGCAUGGGUCAAUAUGUUGCUCAUGUCAGCGUCUGGGCCGAACCGAACACCUGUUGGUGCUUGUGCUACUGCCCUAGAAUCUCUCGAACUCGGGUGCGACACCAUUAUCAGUGGAAAGGCGAAGUUCUGUCUUGUGGGUGGUGUAGAUGACCUUCAAGAAGAGUCUACCACGGAAUUUGCAAACCUCCAAGCUACGAGCAACAGCGCCAAGGAGUUUGAGCGCGGAAGAAGCCCUCGAGAAAUGUCUCGACCAACGGCAACUUCCCGCGCCGGUUUCAUGGAAUCACAUGGUGCAGGUAUACAAGUCAUAACCAGCGCCAAGCUAGCACUUGAAAUGGGUCUCCCGAUUCGUGGCGUCGUUGCAUUUUGUGAAACAGCCAUGGACAAAGCAGGCCGAUCGUUGCCAGCACCUGGAAAGGGUCUCUUGUCAAAGGCACGAGAAGUCCCUUAUGAGUUCCCAUCGCCAUUACUUGAUAUUUCGAGUCGCAGGAAAAAGUUGGAAUCUAGAAGAGCUCAAAUUUCAGAUUCGCGAAAGGCAGCUAUACAGGAACUAAAUACAGAGGUAUCUCAUGCGCAAGGCGAGAAUCCCGCAUUUAAUUCCAAAGCCUUCUUCGAACAGCAGAUGAAGCAAAUUGAUGAGCAGGCCCUUCAGGAGGAACGGGACGCACAAUUCGCUCACGGUAACUUUUUCUGGAAGGGCAACUCUCAUAUCGCACCGUUGCGUGGAGCGUUGGCCGCUUGGGGCCUUACUGUUGAUGACGUGAACGUGGUCUCCUUCCACGGUACGUCUACACAGCUUAAUGAGAAGAAUGAAUGUAGCGUUCUCCAAACUCAAAUGACACAUCUCGGUCGUACUCCUGGAAAUGUUGCAAUUGGUGUGUUUCAAAAGCAUCUUACCGGCCACCCGAAAGGUGCUGCUGGUGCUUGGAUGUUAAACGGAGCAUUGCAAAUUUUGGACACCGGCCUCAUCCCCGGUAACCGAAAUGCUGACAAUGUUGACGAAGCACUACGCAAGUUUGAUCAUGUUGCAUUUUUAAACAGGAGUAUUCAAACUGAUGGCUUGAAUGCGGUUUCCGUGUUAUCCUUUGGCUUCGGCCAGAAAGGCGCUCAAGCUAUUUGUCUCCAUCCAAAAUAUAUGUUCGCAACUUUGGACCGCUCAGAGUACGAUUCAUAUCAAAUAAAGCUCAGGGAGCGGGUGCUCAAGGCUGAUCGGUUUUUCUCUCGAGGUCUUAUAUCUCAAUCAUUAUAUGAUGUGAAGACUGUGCCGCCAUAUGCCAAGGAGCAAGAGAUGGCUGUUUUACUUGACCCGACAGUCCGUUUCCCGAUGAGUGAGAAAUGA